CAACGCGCACCGUGGCGUGAACGAUCCCAGCAACACUUCAGGAGAAGAAGAUUAACCACGUUCCUUCUGGCAAGGAUAGUUGUGAAACAGCUUCCGAAGGAUGGAUUAAAGCCUGUGAUGCUGUGAUAUUUGCUUUUGUUGCAUUGUGUGUCAGUAAAAGGCGCAACUAUCAGUGACCUGCCAACUGUUUCAAGGAGUCAAGAGGAGGAAGUUAAUGUGCUUCGGCGUGAAGAGAUGAGCUCGGUCAGACAGGAAGGUAAAGACACGAUCAUCUUUGUCACCAAAGAGGAUCAUGCAGCACCCAGCACUGCGGAGCUCGUGGAGGAAGACCCCAAUGACCCAUUUGAGGAGAGAGGCUUAAUUCUUCCCAAUGGGGAGAUUAAUUGGAACUGCCCGUGCCUGGGUGGGAUGGCCAGUGGUCCCUGUGGGACUGAAUUUAAGGACGCCUUCUCCUGUUUCCACUAUAGUAAGGAGGAGGUGAAGGGCUCUGACUGCCUGGAGCAGUUCAGGUCUAUGCAGGAGUGCAUGCAGCGUUACCCAGAGCUCUACCCACAAGAAGAUGAAAAAUCACCCAGCGAGACCCCAAAAGACUCUGAAUCCACAGAUGCGCUGGAUGAAAACUCAACGUCUGCCUCAGAUCAGGACUCUGAUACCAAACAGGCCAACACAGAGAGCUAAUAAUGAGUCUCUACAGCAACAGCGACGCUCAGUAUCCAUACAUGAAAUAAUUAAGCAAUUGAGCAAAAAUAAUGCAGAGAUAUUUUUCAUUAUUUGUCAUUAGUUUAUUUUUACUAUUGGUAGUUUUUUAAUAGCUCAUUUAAAUGAUCAGAAACGGCUGUUUUGCUUUCGGCUGUGUGGAAGCUGGAUAGACAAAGUGAGGAAACGGGCAGCACAGAUUACAGAUUAUUAUGAGUUAAUUUAAAGUAAUUUGAUUGGCUGGAUGGAAGCAAAGGCUGCCACCUUAAUAUCAAAAAGUAUUAAAGAAUUUCCCUCCACUGGUUUCUGAUUUGUCCUUAGAGGAAAAUGGCAACAGAACAGAUACUGUUUGCAUGCUGUAGCAGACAAAACAUUUAUUUCAGUUUCAUUUACAAACUUUGUUAGCAAAGUGAUUUAAUGGACAAAAGAAAAAAGGGUUUGUGAAGUUGUUUAAUCCUGCCACUGUGCUCAUCCAAAAUGGUUGUAAAUAAUCUUCAGCUGAGUGCUAAUUAAGGACCAAGCUUCCUGCACCCACACGGUGCACUGUGUGUAUACGUUUGGCUCUUUUUCUUCGUGUCUCAGGAUGAACAUUUGUCUGCUGUGUGAUUAACCAUCACAGGUUCAGAGAGUGUAAACAGUAUAUUUUCUUAAUUUUCUGUGUUUUACGUUGUUACACAAAUGUUACUUAUAUCAAAUUUGUCUAAAAAGUUUAUGUUAGUAACAUUAUUGAAACAGUUGCCAGCUUUACGAGGUAUGAAGCACGAACUGAAGGAAAUGACUGCAACUUGUUUUUGUUUCUGAGCUCUUCAUUUGUGUCUUGGCACUCUCUGUCCAGUAAGACUGCAUUUUUUUAUAACCCGACCUGAAAAAUUUACCUCAUCUAAGCUGAAAUGAACCGUGUGUGUGCCGCACAGGAGUGACUGACUUGACUUGAAGUGGAUAUUGUUAAAAGUUUUAUAAUAAAAUCAAUUACAAAUCUCUG